AAGGCAUCAAAACUUUGCAUAAACCAGGAAGAGGGAAUAUUUCCUGUUUGCCUCGAUGGUCUGAAGUGCGGCUGAGGAGUAGGGAGACAGAAGCUGAAUCGUUCUAGUUUCUUAGAUUCCUGAUAUAUUGUUCUCCCCUCCCUUACGGCAGAUUUCUGUCUAACAUGGAAAGUAACAAAGGUCCUUGCUCUCAUCGGAGCAUUCCCAUUGAGACGGAUGAGAGAAUGACAGUGUCCAGUGUUGACUUGGCCAUGAUGCCCUCUUGUAACAAUUGUGCUGAUCAUGAAGAGCAAGGUAGGAAAGCUGAGAAGCAUGGCUGGGAUAGAGAGGUGUGUGAGCAGUUCCCUGGGAGGCUCCCUGAGGGCUUGUACCAAUGUGAAGGAAGAACAGCUUCUCGGGCUUCUUCUGGCUUUCCUUUUGUGGCCCAACAAGCGGCUCACCCAGAUCAUCCUGUCAGACAGCAACAGCUAUUCUACGGACGACAUCCCAUGAAUGAUCACAGGAGGGCCGUCAUGGGUUCUUCUUUUGAAGAACCAGAGUUUUUGGAGCCCCCGUUACCUCUCAUGUCAAACGUAAACAUGGAUCAGCAUAAUCUACAACAAUACCCAACACCAUUCAUGCCAGGCCCUGUUCCAAUGCAGAGACAGGUUCCCCAUCCUGCACCUCACCACCACAACAAUCCCUGCUGUCACAAUCAGGGCACUCCUCCACACCCACAACAGAAUGGCCCACAGGGCAGGCCUCAUCUUCAAGGUGUACCGUGUGUGCCACCUCCUGCUGAUGUGAUGCGUGAAGUCAGUGUAGACUGCUCAGGUGUUGCAGGUCCAGGAGCGGUCACCAGGGAGGUCAGGAAGACCAUCAGCUUGCCGGAGGAGAGCAGGAAUGUUUUCAUCACGUAUUCAGUCGACACAGCUGAUGAAAUUAUAAAAUUUGUUGCAUUUCUGACCAACCAAGGGUUCAAACCAGCCAUUGAUAUAUUUGACAAUCCAAUCCGAAGAUUGGGCAUCAGCAUAUGGAUGGACCGCUACCUGAAUGAUAAAUCAGUGCUCAUUAUCGUGGUCAUCAGCCCCAAGUACAAGGAGGAUAUAGAGAGAGUAGGAGACGACGAGCAUGGCCUCCACACCAAGUAUAUCCACAACCAGAUUCAAAAUGAGUUCAUCCAACAAGGCUGCCUGAACUUCAGACUGGUCCCUGUUUUGUUCCCAAAUGCUACUAAGAAACAUGUGCCCAGCUGGCUCCAGAACACCAGGAUCUACCGCUGGCCCAAUGACACCCAGGACCUGCUCCUGCGUCUGCUCAGGGAGGAGCGCUACAUCAUCCCUCAGAGAGGAGCUGACCUUACCCUCACUGUUCGUCCUUUGUGAGGAUGCAAAAAAAAGGGACUCUUGGAAAAACAUUCACCCUC